AUGGUCCCCGGCUAUGCCCUUCACGUCCCUGCCUGCCGCCUUGUCUUCCCCACGUGCUUCAGUGUUCCCCCUUGUAAGCAUCCUGCGGCCUCCCCACUUCCCCUUGUAGUGUUGCCUCCCCAGCCGUCUUCCGCCGUCCCGGACACCCCCGCCCCUCCUCUCCCCCCCCCAGUGGCAGCCCCCCCCCUCGCCCAGGCAAGGGCCCCGAAAGCCCGACACGCCUCCUCCGCCCAUGCUACCCCCAGUCCGCAGGUCCAGCUCCCCCAGCACUCACCCAUGGUAGCCCACACCCAGUCCGCUCCCCUAGCACCUGGCCCCGCGCGCUCAGUUUUCUCCCCCCUGCAUACCCCCAAUCCCCAGGACCGUCCAUCUGCAGGACCCCGGCACAACUCCCACUCACCCCCGGCCCUCAAGAUCCCCACCUCGCCCCCCCCCCAGCUCCCUGGACUCAGCCCCUCGUUGUGCCCCCCCAACAGUCGCCCCACGGCCCCCCCAUCGGCACGUUCCACUCCCCGAGUCGGCGCUCCAGCCAGCCGCCCGCCGCCCAGGUCACCCCCCUCCGAGCCCUCCACGCGCCUCUCCCACCCCCCUCCCCACCUCCUCUCGCCCCAGCAUCACAGUGUCCCGCCGCUCCGUGGCUGCCCCGCCCCCGCCCCCCGCACCAGAGUCCACCCGCCGGCCCCCUCCCCCUCAAAAAAGCGCCAGUUGGGCCAGCCCCCCCCGCAUGGGUCCCAGUCGCCACCGCCUCUCCACACCGCCCUCGGGCCUCCCAGGCCCGUCCCCGCACCGCCCCCCCCCACAGGUUGUCUCGUCUCCCCUCCCGCGCAGGCGCAGGCUGGUCUGCACGGCUGUGUCACGCUACCAUUGCUCCUAGCUCCACACAAAAAACGACACCGGCCCCGCCACACACCCAAUGGCUCCUUACACUUGUCCCCUGUCCUUACAUGGGUGAGACCAAGGAUCCUUCCUAACUGGUUCUGUUUAGACCCAUCCUCCCCUCAGUCAACAACCACGCGUCCCCCCCUCCCCCUCCCUUCUAUACCCCCAGCUAGAUUUGUGCGAGUAUGGACCCCCCCACCGAUUGUAAUCUCAACCCCCCCCCCCCCCCACGAACGUGUUCGCCCCCCCCACCGUCCGGAGGUGGUCUCUGUGCGGCUCACCGACUAA